UCUCCAUGGCGCCGCUCCCGCCCCUUCCGGAGCGGCUCGGAAGCGGCGGGGGCUGAUGGUCGGGCGGGCGGCGAGGCCGCUGUGCCGGGGGCUCCGCGGGACAGGCCGACAGUACCCCAAGUGUGACCAUAAAAUAUGACUCUUUGCCUGCUGCACCAAACUCCCUAAGUACUUCUUUUGUGGUUUGGUCACGUGGCCUCAACUACAAUGCAACAAGCUUUAGAACAGGCAUUGGAUCGUGCUGAGUAUAUCAUUGAAAGUGCCCGUCAGAGACCUCCCAAAAGAAAAUAUUUAUCCAGUGGAAGAAAAUCUGUGUUUCAAAAACUCUAUGAUUUAUAUACAGAAGAAUGUGAAAAAGAGCCCGAAAUAAAGCAGAAGCUGAGACGAAAUGUGAAUUUACUUGAGAAGCUGGUUAUGCAGGAGACGUUGUCAUGUCUCGUAGUGAACCUCUAUCCAGGAAAUGAGGGUUAUUCACUUAUGCUCAGGGGAAAAAAUGGUUCAGAUUCUGAGACCAUUCGUCUGCCUUAUGAGGAAGGAGAGCUGCUUGAAUAUUUGGAUGCAGAGGAACUACCACCUAUUUUGGUUGAUCUUUUGGAAAAAUCUCAGGUUAAUAUUUUUCAUUGUGGAUGUGUCAUAGCAGAAAUACGUGACUAUAGGCAGUCUGGUAACAUGAAAUCUCCAACAUACCAAAGCAAGCACAUUCUUUUGCGUCCUACAAUGCAGACUUUAAUUUGUGAUGUGCAUUCUAUAACAAGUGACAACCACAAAUGGACACAGGAGGACAAACUCCUACUUGAGAGCCAACUUAUUUUGGCUACAGCAGAGCCUUUGUGUCUUGAUCCUUCAAUAGCAGUGACGUGUACUACAAACCGACUCUUGUACAACAAGCAGAAGAUGAACACUCGUCCCAUGAAACGAUGCUUCAAAAGGUACUCAAGGUCCUCUCUGAACAGACAGCAGGAAGUAGCUCACUGCUCAGCUCCACCUCAGCUCAGAAUACUUGACUACUUACAGAAAAGAAAGGAGAGGAAAGCAGCCCAGCAGUAUGACCUCAAAAUUUCUAAAGCUGGAAAUUGCGUAGAUAUGUGGAAACAGAACCCUUGCUAUUUGACUGCACCUUCUGAAGUAGAGGUGGAAAAAUAUGCCAAAGUGGAAAAGUCUAUCAAGCCUGAUGACUCACAACCAACUGUCUGGCCAGCACAUGAAAUAAAAGAUGAUUAUGUAUUUGAAUGUGAAGUUGGUAAUCAGCUUCAAAAAACAAAGCUGACCAUUUUCCAGUCUCUUGGCAAUCCCUUGUACUAUGGUAAAAUUCAGACGCUCAAAGGUGAUGAGGAAAAUGACAACCUAUUAACUCCAUCACAGUUCCUUAUUGGUUCGAAGACUGAUGCUGAAAGGGUGGUGAACCAGUAUCAGGAGUUAGUACAAAGUGAAGCUAAAUGUCCUGUGAAAAUAUUUCAUAAUUCAAGUGGAUCAGUCAAUCUUAGUCAUCUUUCUCCAGGGAAGGAAAUGGAACAGCCAGAAAGCAUAUCAGGUUCUGUUCAGUCUUCAGUGCUGGGGAAAGGUGUAAAACACCGACCUCCUCCUAUCAAAUUACCUUCAAGUUCAGGAAGUAGUUCUUCAGGUAAUAUUUUCAGUUCACAACAGUCAAGUGGCCAUCUAAAAUCCCCAACUCCUCCUCCUCCUUCUAAGCCUCCUGGUCUUUCUCGGAAACAAUCUAUGGAUCUUAAUCAAGUUAGCAUGCUCUCUCCAGCUGCCAUGUCUCCUGCGAGCUCUUCACAAAGGUCUGGAACUCCUAAACCAUCUACUCCUACUCCAACCAACACCCCUUCAUCGGCCCCACACCCUCCUGAUGCUCAGAGCUCAACUCCUAUUACCCCUUCUGCCACCCCUACUCCCCAAGAUUCAGGCUUCACCCCUCAGCCCACUUUGUUAACCCCGUUUGCUCAGCAGCAAAUGUCUCUGAGCCAGGCACUGCCUGUAAUGACCAUUCCUCUUUCCACCAUGGUAACAUCCAUUACUACAGGAACAACCUCCACCCAGGUCAUGGCAAACCCUGCAGGACUUAACUUCAUCAAUGUAGUGGGCUCUGUGUGUGGAGCACAGUCACUGAUGAGUGGUUCAAACCCUAUGCUGGGGUGCAACCCUGGUGCCAUAGCCCCUGCAGGUAUAAAUCUGAGUGGCAUUUUACCGUCAGGAGGUCUGGUACCAAGUGCGCUGCCCGCUGCAAUGCAGUCUGCCUCUCAAGCAGGCAGCCCCUUUGGUUUGAAAAAUACAUCAAAUCUUCGGCCCUUAAAUCUUCUACAGGGGUCUGACCAAGGUCCAUCCAAUCAAGAUCAGGCAUUAUCUGCCCAACAAGCUGCUGUAAUUAACCUGACUGGAGUAGGGAAUUUUAUGCAACCUCAAGCCACAGUGUUGUCUCAGCUUGGCUCUGCCGUGAACAGACCUGGGCAAAGCCUUCCUCAGCAGAGACUCCAGCUCUCUUCUGCCUUGCAACAGCAACAACAAGCCUUGCAGCAGCAGCAGCAACAGAUACAAGUAAUCCAGCAACUUCACUCUGUGUUAAAAAAACAAACAAACCAACAAAAAACCAAACAAACCAACAAAAAACCUAAAAAUACAAUUCUUGGCUCCAAAAUCAAAAAUCUUGCCCUUUUGACUUCUUUAACUAAUGUCACUAUGGUCUCACAAAUUACAAAAAACAAACAAACAAACAUGAAUUUGGCAAACCAUCAUGCAAGAUUUAUAAUCUGUGGUUAUCUCAGCUUGGAGCACUGAAUUUAUUUUUAUUCAUUUAAGCCAUCCACCUUCCUGAUACGAAAACAUUCAAGGGGUGCUUGUGGCACUAUCUAAAUCAGCUCUGCCAGGUGCCAAUAGAUUUUAAAAUGGCAUGAAUGUAAGCACCUGCAAGUUCAAAUGCAGCACUGCUACAAUCAGCACAUGGAAGCAACAGCUCUAUGAAGCAUUCCUUUUACCAUUCUGUCAUCCAGAUGCUUUAUGAAAAUAUUUUAAUAUUCUUUCAGCACACAGUCCCCUCUUUGUAACAUAUACAGAAAAUACAUAUGAUGCCUACACUGAGAAGGUAUUAUGUUAAAAACGUACUAUGUGACCCAAAUAUUCAAGAAGUUGCUGAGUUACUGAAGUUACUGCAAUGGAGAGAAAGGGCAAAGAAACAAAGCUGGGCACAUACACAUAUAAAAUUAUAGCUGUGCCCUCAGCAGGCUUCUGUGCCACUGGUGCUGCUUGACUGUACCCAUUGCCCCAGUCCAUGGUGUGUUCCUUUCGUCAACCUG